GUCCCAGUGAGCUCGUCUCAUCUCUCCGCCGCGUACUAACCUACAGACGACGGCGGGAAUACUACUUCCGCUCCCUCUGGUGACUAAUCUGAAGAUUUGCACAGGCCAAAUCAACCCUUCUGCAGCGCCUGAGCCGAUUUAUAUGUGAGAACAUUCGAUUGUCUAAAGAGGACAAUAAGAUAAAUGGUUCCCUCUCUGUCAGUACUGACUCGUUAAAGUUGGUGGGCGGUAGGAACAUUAAGGGCUCCUUCAACGGUCACAGUGAAACAUGACAAGAAAUCGCUGCUGUAAUUACGAGGGGGUCCUUUUCUGUACACGCUAGGCAUCGUAACGUUUAGAACCGUUUUUGUCUCGCAAAACGGAAAACCUUUCUGAUGUAAAGAAAAAAGGUUAGGAAACUGAAAAUCGGAGCCGCCCCCAGCCAACAAGGAAGUAACCGUAGACCAGCACGCUGAAGAAAUAAAGCCGUGCGCUGUGACGUAACCGUGUGUUAUAUACACAACCAUCCAAGGCGCCGGGGACGCGCGCCUCUCCGCCAGCUUUAAGUGAUGAUGCACCAGCCGCGGAUAGUGGUGAUAGGUGCGGGUAUGGCUGGACUCGGCGCAGCCACCAAGCUGAAAGAGCUGGGAUUCACCGAGCUCACCGUCGUCGAAGCGUCCGGACAAGCUGGAGGACGAAUUGCAAAAACAAAUAUAGGCAACGCAUGGGUUGACAGCGGAGCACAGUACAUUCACGGUGCAUCUGCAGAAAAUCCAGUUUACUGUCUAUUUAAAAAGUAUAGCCUUCUCAACCAAGUGCCUGAAGAGGGCAAAAGCACAUUUCACAGAAACAACGAACACAAAGUCAACGAGGAUUUCGCUGAACGUGUCUAUGCGGCUGGCGAGAGAAUCAUUCGCCAUCGUGGUUCUAGCACGGAGAAAAGCAUAGGAGAGCACUUUGCAGAGGAAGCUCACGCUGUCGCCGAGAGCUGGCAAGAUGAUGAGAAGGAUGUCCAGAGUAUCCUUGCCUUGGUUGGAAAAGACCUUCUGGUUGAUACUGGAGCCUCAGACCUUCACAAGAUCUCUUUAGCUUCAUGGCAGUAUUACAUCAACAUGGGGGAUGACCUCAAUGUGGAGGGGCUUAUGUUUCAAAUGGUGGAAAACCUGGUGGAGGACCUCCCCAAGGAGCGAUUACUGCUGAAUAAAGCAGUUGGUAAGAUCGAGUGGGACGGGUCUUUCUCUGACAUGGAGGGCCGGGGGUACCCUGUACGUGUGGUGUGUGAAGAUGGAGAGGAGAUUCUGGCAGAUCAUGCAAUCCUCACCAUCUCUCUAGGCUGCCUAAAAGCUCGAGCAGCUACUUUCUUUAGCCCAAGUCUCUCAUCGGAGAAAAUGGAGGUGAUUGAGAAACUAUGUUUUGGAAACAUUGCCAAGAUCUUUUUGGAAUAUGAGCAAGCAUUCUGGGCCAGUGAUGUCAGGAGUAUUAGUCUUAUUUGGGACAAUGACAAUGUUGCAUCAAUAUCCACCAGUCGAGCUGAGUGGCUGAGAUACCUGCAGCUGUUCACCGUCAUGAGGCCUAAGGAAAAGUUUGGUAAUAUUCUGAUUGCUUGGUGCCCUGGAGACGUAGCCGAUCUUGUUGAAACUAUGAGAGAAGAAGAAUUAUCCAGUGCCAUCACUGAGCAUCUCAGGCUCUUUACUAGAAAUCCAACUAUUCCUCCACCUCGGACAGUUCUAUGCACACAGUGGUGUAGUAACAGCUUCAUCCGUGGUUCUUAUACUUUCAUCCCUGUUGGUAUAGAUGGGAAAGUCAUGGAUAUCCUUGCACAACCUUUGGUGGGCACAAAGAACCCCAGCAAGGCUCUACAGGUGUUGUUUGCUGGAGAGGCAACCAUGAAGACUCUAUACAGCACAGUGCAAGGAGCUCUGAUGUCAGGACACAGAGAAGCAGAGAGACUCGCAAGGCAGUAUGAUAGGACAGCGCCCCCUGCUGGUCACUGUGACACAGUAAAAAAAGACCUGGGAGUCUGUCACGUCCCCCAGUAACACUGGUGCUGGAAGACAUGGUGCUUAAUCUUAAACCAACCAACCAAUAAAUCAUUUUACUCUUUUUUAUGUGUGUGUGUAAGAAUGUUUAGAUUUUUUAAAGUUAUGUAAGACGCAUUGAAUUUCAGAUGUAAUUGGUGAAUUAUGCAAUUAUAUAAUAAUAUUGUAUUGAGGCAUAGCUUUAAAUAGUUACAUUUGCUUGAUCAUUGUCAUUACUAGAUGAGAUAUGUAAAUUUGCUGAACAGCUUGUGGCGUUGCAACAAAAAUAAAGGGAUAUAAAUAUUCUAA